AACUUACGAUAUUGUUAGUUGCUACUCAUUUCGGAAGUCGGAAAAUAACCGGGAAUACCUUCAACGAUAUUGCUGUUUUAGCUGUUUUAUUAUCAGCCCAAUUGCCAAUCGAUAGGAAAACAUUGAUGGGAAAACAUAACAACGGAUCAGAUAAGGGUUGAGAAGACAAAGCAAUUUCAUUAGCAUACAGCAAAUUGUAACCCAGAUGUUUCCACAUGUUAAUCGGAAAUGAACUGAUAAAUUUUGUAGCCCAGCCCCAUAAAAGUGGCGCAGAUAUCAAAACUUCAACACAUUCUACGGAAUUGUGCAGACAAUAAAUAAAUACAACUAGAUGAUGUGCAAGCAACUGCGUUAUUUGAUAGUCCUAUUGCUGCAUCUAACCAUAAUUGAUGCCACCACUCGAAGCGAAUCUUUGACAAUCAAGGCUCUGUGCAGCAUUGCCAUUCCCCUGACUUUUUUGCCGGAUGAGCGGCAAUGUGACAAAUUCUACAUUUGCACGGGCAGAAAAGACAACAGCUACCAGGAAUCGAAAUGUGGCCAGGGCUACCAUUUUAGCAGCCAGAAGAAAAGUUGCAUAAAGGGCCCCUGUGCCACCGACGAAUCGAAUGCCACAAGCUGCCAGAAGGCAAAAGACGGCACCAGCAGCGUUCGACGUUUACGGAACGAUUGUACACGAUACGAACGUUGUUCUAGUGAUGGCGAACUCGCAAUUGUUAGAUGCUCCUAUGGCCACUAUUUUGAUGCUGAGCGCAAUGCCUGCUUGCCGGUGACCAUAACGCCAGCGCAUCAGUGCAGCUGCAUUCUGCCGGAGCACACAAUGCUGCCGAAUGCAAAAGAUUGCACUAGCUACUAUCGUUGCGAAGAGGGUAAGGCAGUAUUGCAGCAUUGCCCCACGCAUAACUAUUAUGAUGCCAGCGUGAAUAGUUGUCUGCUGGAUGUGAAGGGCACAUGCCGGCCAGCCAUCCCAGCGCCAGAGAUUGGCGAGUGGUUGUCGGAUUGUGCCGGCGAAGGUAGUCGAUUGCUGCCACAUAGCCACAAUUGCAGCCGUUACCUUGCGUGUCUAGGCAGUCGGGCCAUCGAGUUGACUUGCCCCUACGGGCAUUAUUUCGAUGUGGUAUCACAAUAUUGUGCUCCAGAUGUGGCUGGCCGGUGCCACAUGGCAAUCACUGCAAUACCAGCUUUGGUAUCUGAGGAAUUGAUCAGCGAGAAGCAGACAGAGGAAGUGGUCAGCGAGAAGCAAACCGAGGAAGCGAUCAGCGAGAAGCAGACACAAGAGGUGAUUGUCCAGGAGCAGGCACAGCAACUGCUUAACAAUCAUCGCUCUCCAAAGGAGACAAUCCAUAGGCCGAUAAUCUAUCCAGAUGGUAUUAUCAAUAAGCUAGCAUCAAAGUUUUUAAACGAUUAAAC